GGCGAUCAGACGCUGUGAUCUUUUGACUGCGAGGGUUCAGUUUUCCAAGCAGCCAUCGGUCAGACCCCCAAUCUCCACGUGUUGUGGAGAUUCAGAAUUCCCCUGGACGUUAAGCCUGUUACCUGGAGCCCCGCCGGGGCUACUUACGACCGUCAUGACCUCCCUCAAACAAUUUAUCCGAAACGUGCGUGCAUCGAAAACAAUUGCCGAUGAGCGGGCAGUGGUACAAAAAGAGAGUGCAGCAAUCCGUGCCAGCUUCAGGGAUGAGUACACGGAUUCCAAUGUUAGGAGGAACAAUGUAGCAAAAUUACUCUAUCUUUUCACGCUGGGCGAGCGGACGCAUUUCGGCCAGAUAGAAUGCCUCAAACUUCUUGCGUCGCCGCGCUUUGCGGACAAACGAUUAGGGUAUUUGGGAACAAUGCUUCUGCUGGAUGAGAACCAAGAGGUUCUGACAUUGGUCACUAAUUCCUUGAAAAAUGACUUAAACCAUUCGAACCAAUACGUAGUUGGACUCGCCCUCUGUACCCUAGGAAAUAUUGCUUCGAUUGAAAUGUCUAGAGACCUGUUCCCGGAAAUCGAGUCUCUCAUAUCCACUGCCAACCCAUAUAUCCGCCGAAAAGCUGCCCUCUGUGCAAUGCGCAUCUGUCGAAAAGUACCCGAUCUGCAGGAACAUUUUAUCGAAAAGGCGAAAGUCCUCCUUUCCGAUAGAAACCAUGGUGUCUUGUUGUGCGGUCUUACCCUUGCCAUUGACUUCUGUGAACAAGAUGAGGCGGAAGGUGGCGGGGAGAUCAUAGAACAAUUCCGACCCUUAGCUCCCGGUCUAGUGAGGACGCUAAAAGGCUUGACAACCUCAGGAUACACCCCGGAGCAUGAUGUUUAUGGAAUUACGGAUCCAUUCUUGCAAAUCAAAAUCCUCCGUUUGCUCCGAGUACUGGGCAGAGGCGACGCUGCCAUAAGCGAGCUUAUCAAUGAUAUUCUGGCACAGGUCGCGACUAAUACUGACUCGAGCAAGAACGUGGGCAAUUCUAUCUUAUAUGAGACAGUAUUGACUAUUCUAGACAUAGAAGCUGACUCUGGUCUCCGCGUUCUGGGCGUGAAUAUCCUUGGGAAAUUUCUGGCCAAUAAGGAUAACAAUAUUCGGUAUGUGGCUUUGAACACAUUGAUCAAGGUUGUCGCUGUAGAACCCAAUGCCGUUCAAAGACACCGCAAUACCAUCCUUGAAUGUUUACGAGAUGCCGAUAUCAGUAUACGACGGCGUGCACUCGACCUCAGUUUCACCCUUAUCAACGAAGGAAACGUCCGGGUUCUUGUUCGUGAACUCUUGGCAUUCUUGGAAGUUGCCGAUACCGAAUUCAAACCAGUUAUGACAACUCAGAUUGGGAUAGCAGCUGACAGAUUUGCGCCAAAUAAACGUUGGCAUGUUGAUACAAUGCUCCGUGUGCUGAAACUUGCUGGAAAUUACGUCAAAGAACAGAUACUCUCUUCCUUUGUCCGUCUCAUUGCAACAACCCCCGAGCUACAAACGUAUUCCGUGCAGAAGCUCUAUGCUGCGCUUAAGGAAGAUAUAUCACAGGAGGGCCUUACCCUGGCUGCGUCGUGGGUUAUCGGAGAAUAUGGUGAUGCCCUCCUCCGUGGUGGUCAAUAUGAGGAAGAGGACUUGGUGACAGAAGUGAAGGAGAGCGAUAUUGUAGACCUCUUCAUGAACAUUUUGAACAGCACAUACGCGUCCCAAAUCGUUACUGAAUACAUUGUCACCUCUGCAAUGAAAUUAUCGACGAGGAUGACAGACCCAGCUCAAAUCGAACGGAUUCGCAGAUUCCUGAGCAGCAGAACCGCUGAUCUCAGCGUUGAGAUCCAGCAAAGAGCUGUGGAGUACACGAACCUUUUUGGAUACGAUCAAAUCAGGCGUGGCGUAUUUGAGAAAAUGCCGCCUCCGGAGAUACGGGAAGAACAGCGAGUUUUGGGUCCCUCUACAAACAAACGACAGAGCAGGGUGCUGAAAGAUAAAUCCAAAAAGCCAGCAAAACCAUCCGAACAGGACAUGCUUCUCGAUCUUAUGGGUGGCUCUGAUGUUCCGGCCACGGAUACGAGCAAGACUGUUAAUGGGUCUCAAAAUACAGCGGACUUGUUGGCCGACAUUUUAGGUGGUGGCACGUCUACCAGUCAGUCACCACCGCCGCCAUCGAAUCAAUCCUCUAACAUCAAUGCAAUUAUGGACCUCUUCGGCUCGUCUAACGGAGGUUCUCCAAUGCCGCAGCCACAAACUUCGGUGCCAUCUAGUGUAUUAGCAGCUACCAGGUCACAGCCUUCCCAAAACCCGCCUCCUGUCUCUGGCGCACCAAUCCAUACUGCAUUUAACAAAAACGACCUUACAUUAUCUCUUCAAGUUCAGAGGAACAGUUCUUCUGCAGCGCAGAUUCUCGCUAAAUUCCGCAACACGUCACAUUUGGACCGUUUCACUGGUGUUGGACUCCAAGCGGCUGUACCAAAGUCGCAAAAGCUUCAGCUUACGGCCAUUAAUAAAGCAGAACUAGACGGUGGAGAAGAAGGCUCUCAAGUAAUGAAGGUGGCAGCUGCGACGAGCAACGCACUACCAGGUAAACUCCGAUUACGCCUCAGAGUGACCUACUCCAAAAAUGGGUCGGAGCCAGUGACAGAGCAAGUGGAUUGGACAGAGCCAUAGGUUAUUAAUUUACAUGUUUGCAUUAUGAUUCCCCUUGCAUAAAACCUUUUUCCAUUGUCAUUUGAGGGCCUCAUAACAUGUGAGGCAAUGGGUUGGGCUAAGCGAAAAUAUAUAUGAGUAAUGCAUUCGGUUAAUAGAUAUCAGAAUCUGGUUCGACCUUCUAUUUUGGUUUUGAUUUGAGAUUUGCUCACUCGAUUCGAUUCCGUCACCCUAUGUCUCAUUAGCC